GAGACAAGCAUAGACUCAACAAUGCUAAAUUUCAAGCUCUGUACUCCGUACCAACCUCGGUAGCUAGGUUUUCUAUCUCGGGUUAUUAUUAUUUAUUAUUUAUUAUUAUCUUAUUUUAUUUUGCCUGAAAAUUUCGGGCUUGUUUACUCAUCGUAGUUUGUUUGGGUUUUUAUCAAGUCUCGGGCGCAAGUGUGUGAUCGCUUUCUUCGACGCCACGUCAGUCAGCUGCAAACAAUUUAUCUUCACAACUCUUCUGCAAUCGCACGCCGGUCUUUGGGCUUGAUCUGGUUACCGUGUGACGACCUUACGAAACGCUGAAUAUGUGUCCCACCAUCCAUGGGCGCCCCAGAACCUGGGCUGGCUUUUGCCUGCGCCCAGGGGUAAUCCUAGACUGUACGCACGUUGAGCUCAACCCUGCAGACAAGUGUCUCCUGGUCUCAAUUGUUGGUCGGCAUUGAUCUGGCUGCGAAUAGGCGGAGUUGCGAGCGAGUGGCUCAAACGCCCGCGCCAUUAGAUUGAUGCCGUUCAAGAUAUGGCUUUUUGUUUUGUUUUUGUUUUUGAUCAAUCGCCUUAGAAAUGAAGCGAAUCGCUUGUGUCGUUUUUAUCCUUUCUCCUCUUGCCACGGCUUGCUGUUGAUAUCAAAUCAUCUUUUUAUAUCAUUACCGAACUUUGUCCCAUCGGUUCAUCUAUUGCUCUUGAGAUGGAGACACUGUCAUUCGAACCAGCAGUUGAGCGGCAGCCCUCUCUGUACAGUGCAAGGGUAGAGCAAAGCCAGACGAGAUGCAGACAGCUGGCUGCUGAAUUCUUCAAGGACGGUGUGAAAAGGGCACGGGAGCGACACACAAGACAAGAACUCCUAAACAAGAAACUGGACCUCGCUGCAAACUCGCCGAGCUACUCAAAAAGCCAGUCGCAGCAGCUAUGGUCAAAUGCUGGCAAGCUGGAAGCACAAUAUCUUCGCUUUCUCCGCACGCCGAAUCGACCAGAUGACUAUGACACGAUCAAGUUGAUUGGAAGGGGAGCCUUUGGCGAGGUGAGGUUGGUGCGGCGCAAACAAACAGGCAAAGUAUUCGCGCUGAAAUCACUGCUAAAGAGCCAAACCAUCGCGCAACUCCAAGCGGCAAGAGUGCGUGCAGAGAGGGAUAUCCUCGCCGAAUCCGACAGCCCCUGGGUGGUGAAGCUGUACACGACGUUUCAGGACUCCAAUUUUUUGUAUAUGCUGAUGGAGUUCCUACCUGGCGGCGAUUUGAUGACCAUGCUCAUCAAAUACCAAGUAUUUAGCGAAGACAUCACCCGCUUUUACAUGGCCGAGGUGAUCGAGGCCAUCGAGGCGGUGCAUCGUCUUGGCUUCAUCCAUCGCGACAUCAAGCCAGACAAUAUACUUCUUGAUCGUCACGGUCACAUCAAGCUCACAGAUUUUGGACUGUCGACGGGGUUUCGCAAGCUGCACGAUACCAACUAUUACCAGCGACUGCUCAAAGCUCCCGAGUUGCCAAAACCUAGCGAGCAUCGCCACCGGGACUCUGUCAACAUUGAUCAGAUCAACAUGACGGUUAGCAACAGGGACCAGAUCAACGAGUGGAGGCGGUCACGCCGCACCAUGGCAUUUUCUGCCGUGGGGACGCCGGAUUAUAUAGCACCAGAGCUGGUAAUGGGCUUGGGAUAUUCCUUCUCCAUCGACUGGUGGUCUCUCGGCGCCAUCAUGUACGAGUGCUUGAUCGGAUGGGCCCCUUUUUGCUCUGAAGAUGCCACGGAUGCCUACCGCAAAAUUGUAAACUGGAGGGAUUUCUUGUACUUCCCAGAGGAUUUCCAGCUGUCAUACAAUGCCGAGAAUCUCAUUCGAAGCCUGAUGUGUGAAGCGGAAAAUCGCCUCGGCCGCAUCGGUGCUGAGGAGAUCAAGGCUCACCCGUUCUUUACGGGCGUUGAUUUUACUUCACUAAGACGCAUACGGGCACCCUUCGAACCGCACUUGUCGUCGGAGACAGACACGGCAUAUUUUCCAUCGGAAGAAGAGCUCGCAAACAAUGCAGUCCAGCUGGAGGCAGCAAGGGCUGCGGCUGAGCCGGCCGGCACAACUGAUGGCUUCGAGCCGCCAGAAAUGACAUUGCCAUUCAUCGGUUAUACUUUCAAGCGGUUUGAGAACAACUUCCAGUAGCUUAAUUUGGCCACCCAACUGCCACCAAAUUUCCUUGGUAUUUACACAAUGAGUUGCUAGUUGCCUUCUAGGGUUAAACAAACUCAUCAUCGUCAGCAAAAUAAGGGAAACGGAAUGAAAAGCGAUAACAGGGAAAUAAUUUGAAUACAAAUAAUCGACUUGCCGGCUUAUAAGUGGGCAAUGGGGUUAUGUGACUUUUCUCAAUUGCAGUUUGUUGUUUUUUGUCACAACGGCUGUGAGUAAAAAAUGUGAGAGCGCUCGGGGUUAAUCGUAUAUACGUUUUAGGCUACUUGGAGGACCACCCCCACAUCUGAGUCCUACUCACCCGUAUAAUUAAUUGUUGAUCUGUAACGG